CUUCAGAAUUUGGUGUGACGUUCGUGGUGUCUGACAGCAAAUCUUUGGACAGUUCGUGCGUUUUCAUUUUCUCGUUAAAUUUUCAUUGUUAUGCAUUGAAUGUUAAAUUUGCAGACGUUAUAAACAAUAGAAAAUUGAGAUACUUGCUAUCGACAAAGUGAGAAACGGUUGCGGAGUGUGAAGCGCGUGAAAAACCUAAACAGCUUGCGUGUUGUUGUUGGGCUGGGCUUCUGCCGUUGAGGUGCGACGAGCCGAAGCAGUCACAGUCAGCAUUGGAGCAAUAUGGGGGCCCCAAAAUGAUGUCAUCAUCUGCCGUGGAAGUGAUUUGUUCUGAAUUUAUUUUCUGGGCGAGUGUAGAUCUUAGGCCCAGUCAGGAUUUCGGUUGUCCGGUUGUUUGUUGCUGAAGUGACUAGUGCAGUAAUUCGCGAUAAAUUCUAAACCAUCUGGAUUGCGAGUGAAGUGAGAAGUGCCGGGUUAAGAAAACAGAAGGAAAGUGUAAAUGCCGUAGGUAGUUCGGAAGUCCAGCAAAAUGGUGUUCGAAUCGCUGGUAGCAGAUCUGCUCAAUAAAUUCAUCGGCGACUACGUCGAGGAUUUGGAUCGGAAGCAGCUCAGUAUCGGAAUUUGGGGAGGUGAUGUUGUUCUUACGAACUUAGCGCUCCGUGCAAAUGCUUUUCAGGAUCUUGACUUACCAAUUCAAAUUGUUUAUGGUCAUCUGGGUAAAUUGGUAUUGAAAAUUCCUUGGAAAAAUUUGUAUAGUGAAAGAGUCGUAGCACAAGUAGAAGAUUUAUAUAUUUUGGUUGCACCGAAUAAUGAAGUUGUGUAUAAUGCGGAGAAGGAGGCAAAAAAUGCUUUGCAAAAUAAAUUAUCUGAGCUGCAGAAGAUGGAAGAUGCUAAGAAAAAAGAAAGAGAAAAAGAUAAACCACCGGCUGAUAAGAGUUUCAGUGAAAAGCUGACAGCACAAAUUGUUAACAAUUUGCAAAUUAAAAUAAGCAACGUUCAUAUCAGAUACGAGGAUAAAAAUUCGGCCGAUACACCGUUCUGCGUGGGAGUAACACUGCAUGGUUUAAAUAUUUAUACAACUGAUUCAAAUUGGAUUGAAAGCUAUAUGACUGAACAAUUAAGCAAAGUCUUUAAGGUGGCCAACCUGGACAGUCUUUCGAUCUAUAUGAACACCAAAACGCAGCUUUUCACUCGUUUUGACUCCCGUGAAUUUCCGAAACUUUUCUUGGAAAGAAUCGCAACAAAAGAUCAUACUCCAGAGAAUUUCAACUAUGUUUUGGCGCCAAUUUCGUCCAUGGCAAAGCUACAACUGAAUAUGAACCCAGAAUAUGACUCGCCGCCAUUUGUUAUACCAAAGAUCGAUUUAGGAUUGGAUGUAGAUCGUCUUAAUCUGGGAUUAGGAAAAUCGCAAUACCAGGAUCUUCUGAAAUUGGGAGAUUCAUUCAAUAGGAUGCAGUUAGGUGCCCCUUAUCGGAAGUACCGGCCAUACGGAAUUCCCUAUCGAGGUCACUAUAAAGAGUGGUGGAAAUUUGCUAUUACAUGUGUAUUGGAAACUAAAAUUAGAAAGAGAAGACUGGAAUGGUCCUGGGAACAUAUGCAUCAACACCGUAAACUAAUCCGGACAUAUGCUGAUGUAUACAAACAAAAACUCCUAGCGAAGAAACCAGCUGCUAGUUUGAUUGAAUCUGUGAAUCUUUGUGAAGAAAAGUUAGACGUUCUAAACUUGAUACUUAUAAGAGAGCAGGUGAACAUAGAAGUUGAAAAGAUAAAACAGGAAGAAGAAAAACAAAAGCAGGGACAAGGUGGCUGGUUUAGUGGUUGGUUUGGCUCUUCCAAGAAGGAUGAAUCAGAGACCGCAAAUAAUAUAGCCAAACAAUUUGAGGAGGCAAUGACACCGGAAGAAAAGCAAAAGCUUUAUCAAGCCAUUGGUUACCACGAGGGAGACAUUUCUUCAGAUUUACCGGCACAUUAUGCAGCUAUAAAAAUGCGCUUUUUGCUUUCAUCCUUUGAAGUAUGCAUACAUGAUGAAAUGGAAUCUGCGACGCCAAGUACAGAGUCGAUUGGUGCUACGAAGAAAACAAUACUAGGACUGAAAUUGUCUCUUGUCACCUGUGAUAUAACACAACGUCCAGCUGCCAGUGCGAUUGGGUUGAAUGUCUCUAUGAAAGAGCUCAAAGUAACUGGUUUCAAGAAGGAUAAUCAUAUUCCAACGAUUAUUGAAUCACAACUAUUAGACCAAAAUAACCUUUUAUCCAUCAGCUUUGAAACUAAUCCACUUGAUAAAUCUUGUGACCAACGCGUUCAAGUACAAGCCCGGCCAUUGCAAAUUGUUUACGACGCUGAAACUGUAAUUCAACUUGCGGAAUUCUUUACUAGCCCAAAAUCCGUUAAUUUGUCGGAAUUAGAGGGAGCUGCAUCAGAACGACUCAUGAACAUAAAAGAACGUUCUGCUACUGGUAUCCAAUACAUGGUGGAGUCGCAUUCAAAACUAAUGGUACACAUUUCAUUAAUGCCAAAUGUAAUCAUUAUACCUUAUGGAGGAGUAUAUAUUAGUGGUUUCACGUCAGCAAUUAUUAUAAGUUUGGGGUCAUUAGAUAUCAAAACUAUUCCUCGCGAUGAUGGCGAUAGAGAUAUCAAGGAAAUGCAUGCUGCAGGUGCUCAACAAGAGGAAAUUUUACAAGAAAUGAUGAAAAGGGCAUAUGAUAAAUUUUCUCUGACAAUAAAUGAUAUUCAAAUAUUGAUGGCAAAGCCGAAAGAGAAGUGGAUGGCCGUUUUGACCGAGGGAAAAAAAUCGGAAAUGCAUUUGUUGCGCCCGAUAAAAGUUAUAAUUCAAGCCGAUCUUUGUGUAGUGGGCGAUGAUCCGCGAUUACCGAAAACUAAAGUCAAGAUUGAAAUUCCUUCAAUCGGAAUAAAUGUGACCGAUGAUCGUGUAAUAGAAGCUGUUUCUGUAGUAACUAGUAUACCAUUCCCCGAAGGAAAAGCACCCGAAGAAACAUCAAAUUUAACGAAGACCCAGAGUUUAGCCGCAUCCACAGUUUCUUUGAUGCGAUUCCUCGAUCAAGAGAAAGCCAAAAUGGCUAAGAAGGCGGCUGCUGCAAACACAGACCUGGCUGAAGAAAUUGUUCAGUAUACAGAUUUGGAAGCAGAAUUUGUUCUUACCGAAUUGAAAGUUUCGAUUUAUAAAGCAAGAGCUGAUAGUGAUAAAGACACACCGUCUUCGGAUCAGUACAAAACGCCUGUGGACGAAUUUACAACAGAUAACUUUGAUAAUACGAUGUUGUCCCCUACAGGAUCGUCAGACUACGAUAAGAUUUUAUCGUUGCAGAUUGUCAAACUCGCGGCGAAUGUCGCACAAAGAACCUAUGAGAUGGUGGCUAGUGUGAAGCUAGGAGCAAUCCAAAUGGACCACUAUGACAAAUUCGACAAUAAGAUUACCGUAUUGCCUAUUAUAGAUUCCCCAAGGUACGCAGCAAAAUCAGAGGACCUGCUGGCAAUUGAUUAUACAAAUGCCAACAAAAUAUCACCUGAAUUUAUUACUAAAUACAAUUCGACUGAACAAUUGAUUAAUUUCAAUUUUUCAAAACUGGUCCUGACAUUGCAUCAGGAAUGUCUGCAAAAUUUAUUAAAGUUAGCGGCCGAUUUCCAAACAAAAAUGGCAGCAUUCAAAUCGGAGGAAGAAUCUAAAGAUCGUAUAGGCGAUGCAGGCGAAAGUGAAAGCAUUAUGGACGCUAUUAAAACUACCUUAGAUGUUAUUCAAGAGGAACCUGGAGCACCCACCAAACGAUUAGUUCCAAGCAGUAAGGGACGAGGAUCGAAAGUUGUUGACAGUAUUAAGAUCAAAGUCAAUGCAAACAUGGAUCAAGUUGCGGUGAUUAUUACGUGCCGAAAGAGGCCAAUUUCUCAUCUCAAAGUGAAAAGUUUAAAGGCUGGUGUUGUUAUUAAAUCAUCGUACACUGAACUUGCGAUAACAUUGCGAGAUAUUGUUGUUACCGAUUUGAAUCCUGAAACGAUACACAAGAAUAUUUUAUCAAUCAUUGGUGACAACGCUUUAAAUGUUCAAGUUGUCUUAUUUAAUCUCGACGAGACUGCUAACUAUAAUUCAGAUGAUAUGAAAAUAGCCGUCACCAUGGGUUGCGUACGGAUUGUAUUCUUGAAUUGGUUUGUUACGUCAGUGUUAACUUUCCUUAACAAUUUCCAAGCUGCUCAGCAGGCUCUCGCAGAUGCGAGUGCAGCAGCGGCAGGCGCCGCCAAGGAUACAAUGGUCGAUGCUUAUUCGAAAGCAACCAGGAUCCGAUUCGAUAUAAAGAUUAAAGCGCCUAUUAUAAUUGUACCAGUUGAUUCACAAUCUUUACGAGCGAUUGCACUUGACUUGGGUCAUUUGUGCAUCACGAACGUCAGCACGGAAGUCGAUGUUCCGAAUAAUGAAAGAAGUCCGGCGGUUUUAGAUGAGAUAAAACUGGAGUUGAGAGAUAUGAAGCUGUCUAAAGUUACGAUCGGUGAUGAGGGUUCGUCUGAAGGUGAAAAUUUGCAAGGAAGUCCAUCAGCAAUGCUCAACUAUGGUUUACGAUCGAAUAUCAAUAUCUUGGAUCCUCUAUCGAUUUCCCUUAUCGUGAAUCGUAACCUAACUGCAAGUUGGUAUAAGGAACAUCCUGAAUUAGACGUAUCUGGGCGUUUGCACACAAUUGAACUCAACCUGUUUGUUGGCGAUUAUGUUCUCUUAAUGUCAAUUAUGUCGAAAAAUCUCACCGAAGGACAAGAUGAAUUUCCGCAAGUUUAUGUCCCUCCACAAGUUCCUAAAGAAGAGGAUGAACUACCCACUAUUACAGAAGUGGAAGUGCACAAUAGUGAGGAUCAUGAUCAAGCACCAGCCAAAAAACCAGUAAAAAAAGAGGCAUCUCCAAUUGAAAAGCCAACUACUGCGAACGAUAACAAGAAAAUGGAUGUCCAACUCAAGUUCAACUUCCAAGUUGACGGAAUCAAAGCUAAUUUAAUAAAUGCGUCCAACGAAGGACUGGCAUCUCUUGGGUUCUAUGUGUUCUCGCUGAAAGGACAGAAAUUAGCAGAUGGAACAUUAAGUGCAGCUAUUGUCCUGUGCGAUAUUCAGUUGGUUGAUAUUCGUCCGAAUUCUGAUAGCAUAAUUAAAAAGUUCUUACGUCACAAGAAAAAAAAUGCACCGAUUAAAGAAGAUGAAGAUGAUUGUGGAACAAAGCGGCCAAUGCUGGAUAUAACUGCUAGCAUAAAAGACAACGACACUUUUGCUGAGGUUCGAAUUUGUGGGUUUGACCUCAUUAUAUCUAUUGCUUUCUUGACACAAGUGGCCGAUUUCUUCAAAAUGCCCGAUGAUGCCCACAAUCCAAAUGUUACUCAAGCUGCAGUGCAGGGAACAUCAGCACCUGUUGCGAAAAAGGGCCCAGCCCCUGCUCAGGCGGCGACUCCAGUGGAUCCAAACAAACGUGUUCAUCUAGUUUUGCAUCUUGAAGAGCCCGAUAUCAUUUUAGUUGAAAAUAUGGUUGAUUUGGACACAUACGCCAUUAUCUUCAAUAGUGAAGUAAAUUUGAAAGUUCGUAUGAUAGGUGAAAAGCAGAUAAUUUUUGGUGAAAUCAAAGAUUUGAAGAUGUACAUGUGCUCUUUCCAUAUUGAUCAACGGGAAAAUACAAAGCAUUAUAUAAUUCACCCAUGCACAAUAAGCUUACGUGGAUCUACACCAGAAGGACACGGACUUAAUAUCCACAUUAAGUUCACUGACAUUGUUAUAAACAUUUCUCCAGCAACAAUUGAAUUAAUCAACAAGGCUUUAUCUACCGUCACCAGUCCUGCUGAAGCUAUUGGUGAGGCUGUAGUCGAACAUCCAGAGCAUAAUGAUUUGUGGGGUGUAAAAGAUUACAAAGAGGACGAAUUCUGGUUCAUGAAAAUAAAGGAGGGUGUCGACGUGGCUAAUAUUCAAAGGGAUGAUGCUCCUCAUAAACCUGAAGAAUGUAUUAUCGAAAUUCCAUUGAUUCUCCUAGUAAUCGAAACUGGCGUAGGUUAUUAUACCUCACCCAUGCUCAUGCUUGAUACAAAAAUGAACGCCCACGUAAAUGACUGGAGUCAACAAAUGAGGGUUACAGGCUUCCUGACAAUGUCUAUGGCGUAUUACAAUAGCGCCCUUGCAGUUUGGGAACCACUAAUUGAAGAAAACGAAAGGAAGUUACAGAAUGGAUUAACCUCAUACGGACCAUGGGAAUUGUCGCUGAAUGUGAAAAUGGACUCAAAGAAACCAGAUGACUCCUCAGAAUCAGAUCAGUCUAUGAUGGAAAUAAGUGUCCGCUCAGAUGAUACAUUGGAAUUAACAGUAACAAAAACUGCCAUAGAAGUAUUGAAAACACUGGGGCAAGCGUUUUCAGAAGCUAUUGAUAAAAAGGGACUUGUCAAGCCUGAAUUUUCUGCCCCUUAUAUACUUCAAAAUGACACUGGAUUCGAUAUAUCGAUAGAUUUUACAAAAGGACCAUUCACUCUUCACGAAUGUCAUUUGCCAAGUUCGAAACCGAAAACUAUAAAUAAUGCUUUAGUUUUCCAAACAGCUGAAAGUCAACCGGUGGCUUUAGAUAAUGUGACGUCAUGUACAGUUUCGCCAGGCGGUAAAGUUUUCAUGAAAACGAAAAUUGCAAAAGCCCGCUCGGAUGUAAUGUCGCACGUCAGCAUUCUAAGUGCGAAUGCACAAGUCGAUGACGACCUUCUGUAUGUUCAGAUUGGUAAAAUAAGUAAAGAAGUUGCCUUGCCAAUUAAUAGAGCAGACGAGCGAUAUUUCCCUCUAUAUCGUGAUGUCCAACAAGAUCCGUGGGGCAUUGUGUCGUCCAUUAAAUUGGAAUACGGCUCGACGGUUGUAACUGUUCAUGGGGUGGUGAAAGUAUACAACCAUUUCACGAUACCAGUAACAAUAUAUCGAAUCAGCCAUGAUAAGCCGGUAUUUGUUGGCGAGGUGCAACCAGGCGAAUUGUUUAAUGUUCCUCUUCAUGCGAUUUAUGCACCUAUAAAAGACUUACACUUCUCAUUUCCGGGCUAUAAAAGCUCAGUGCAAGGAUUUAACUGGAAAGAAUGUCCAAGCGAUUUGAAUUAUACAAAAAGUCUACAAUGUGAUCCAGUUGAAACUUUUGAAUCUCUUUACAUUACUGGCAUUCGUGAAAAGCAGGAAAUAUUCCAUGAAAAUACCUCGAAGAAUACUCUGCUGAGUGCCGUGUAUAUAAUUCAUUUGAAACCACCGUUGUAUCUUCGUAACGCAUUGCCCAUUGAUAUGAAAGUUUCUGUAGCCGGGUGCAGUGUUGGGCAGGAUGGAUUAGAAAAAGCAGUUGAAAUUGUGGAUGCUUCCAGCCGAUCUGUUGUAAGAGAAGAAUUUUUAGAUUAUGGCGAGAAAACUGUUAGCUCUGGUGAUUCACUUCAUCUACCUACAUUCAAAUUGAAGAGUAGCAGUGGCGAAGGACACGCAAGCAGUUAUAUUGUCGUGAGACUUAUUCAAUACUUAGAAAAGGAUUGGUCCUGCACAACAGAAAUUUCUGAAGAUCACGAUGAAUUUGCAGUGUGGCGAUUUACAUCUUACGAUUCCGUUGAUAAAAUGGAUAUCGAAUUAGGUGUGAAAUUUGAAAAUCGUGGAGGAAGCCUUAUGUUGACCAUAUACUGCCCAUUCCUGAUGAUAAAUAAAACUGGGUUGAUGUUAAGCUACAGAAAGUCCAAACAGACGGAAAAGAAUGAAUUGUCUGGUACACCGUAUAAGGCUGGUGAUGAAUCAAUCAACGUACUAUAUCAUCCGCCAAACUACGAAGGGCCAAUACUGUUCUCGUUCAGAGAGAAAUUAUUCUUUGGGAAAAAGCGAGCAGCAAUUAGAGUUGAUAAUGGCGAAUGGAGUGAUAAAUUCCCAUUAGAUGUUGCCGGUUCCGCAGGAGUGGUAGAGUGCAAGGCGAACGAUAUAGAGUACCAAAUUGGCGUACAUAAUCACUUCACUCAAAAUUCUUUGACGAAAAUGAUAACUUUCCUACCAUUUUAUGUGCUUAUUAACAAAGCUUAUUUUCCUAUUGAAGUUCAAGAGGAUCAGCGUUCAGCGGACCCGUGGAUAAAGAUACCGCCAAAUGAAUGUGUUCCAUUCUGGCCCAAAGCUGAUUCUAGUCCAGUGAUAAGAUGCAAGGCUGGUGACCACCCUCACAUUUCUCGGCCGUUUAAGUACAACGAAGCGCAGUGUACUCUAUUGAUGAUGAAAAACAAGUAUGGAGGUAUAAACGUUGACGUGCAAGUAAGUGAAGGUGGCAACUACAUAACGUUCACCGAUUAUCAUGUUGGUGACGCCCCCGGCUUGAUCAUAAAUCAUACUAAUCACGAGGUAUCAUUUUGGGAAAAGGGAAAUGUUAACAAAAGAAUACUUAAACCGAAACAAAAGAUGCUUUAUACUUGGAGCGACCCUGCCGGCGAUCGUGUAAUUUUAUGGGAUAGUGGAAAGGAUAAUGUUGAAAAUGACCUGAGACGUGAUGGCGUUGAUACCUACUUUACUGGUCCCGAAACAGAUGAAAACAAUAAGUGUUAUUGGGUAUCAUUUUUAGAUGGUACCCAACGUGUAUUAUUGUUCACUGACCAAGCAGGAAUUGCGCACGAAGCUCAAAGUAUCAGUCAACUAGAAGUUACCUUUUUCGAGCAUAAUUUGAAAAAUGAAGAGGUGGAUCGAGAAAUCAUACUUUCCCUACACGGUAUUGGUUUGUCUAUUGUAAACAAUAUGAAACCGGUGGACAUUGUUUACAUUGGAAUUGCUAGUUCGGGUGUAAUAUGGGAAUCAAGGAAAAAAGGCAAGACUCGUUUCAAGCAAAUGAAAAUCACUCAUAACAUGUUAGUGGAGCGACGCUACCAAGAGUACCUUAAUAAUAAAGAAAUUGGAAAAGAUGACGAACAAUAUUUCUUGGAAAGUGGAAAAAUUCAGAUUGACUUCGAUAAAAUGGUUUUGUAUAAAACGGUUGAACGCGAACUUAGACGCACUCAUUAUCCUGGCAUUUGGGUGCAGAUGAAGACUUCCCCCUUCCAAACUCAACUUCAUGCAAAAAUAAAUCGUAUUCAAAUCGAUGAUCAACUUCCGGAUUGUGUUUUCCCAGUUGUUUUGGCGCCGGUCGCCCCACCAAAAAGUGUUGCCGAUACCCAAGCAUUGCGACCAUUUAUUGAAUGCAGUGUUGUAGAACGUAUAAUUCCACAUUCUACCGUUAAACAAUUUAAAUAUGCGACCAUGUUGAUACAAGAAUUUCAUGUGAAGGUCGAUUUAAUGUUCCUAUCAGAAUUGUCAGAAAUGUUUUCGACGGAAUUGACGGAUCAGGAAGCGGCCGAAGCAUUUAAUAAAGAUAUUGAAACGAUUCAAACAAAACUUCAGGAUUUGGUUGCGACGCAAUCGCAACAAGAGCAAAAACAUUUUUACGAUAACUUACAUUUGGGACCACUUAAAAUGCAUGUCUCAUUUUCUAUGGCCGGAUCCGAAACGAAAGCUCUUCCGGGCAUUCUCUCGACUAUAUUGCAAGGUGUAGGAGUCACCUUGACAGAUGUGAACGAUGUUGUUUUCAGGUUGUCAUUUUUCGAGCGUGAAUAUCAAUUUUUCACGCAAAGACAGCUCACGUCUGAGAUAGUUUCACAUUAUGCAGGACAAGCUGUGAAGCAACUUUAUGUGCUAGUCUUAGGUCUUGAUGUACUGGGUAAUCCCUAUGGUCUCGUAGUUGGAAUUAAAAAGGGUGUUGAAGAUCUUUUCUAUGAACCAUUCCAGGGAGCCAUUCAAGGGCCAGGUGAAUUUGCCGAAGGCCUGGUAUUGGGUGUAAAAUCUCUCUUCGGGCAUACAGUGGGAGGCGCAGCUGGUGCAGUGUCAAAGAUAACUGGAGCGAUGGGUAAAGGACUAGCCGCCUUAACAUUUGAUAAAGAAUAUCAAAGGAAACGAAGAGAACAGAUGAACAAAAAACCGGCUACAUUCUCUGAAGGCAUCGCAAGAAGUGGAAAAGGAUUGGUUAUGGGAGUCGUCGAUGGUGUCACUGGAGUUGUGACGAAACCAAUUGCAGGAGCUAAAGAAGAAGGUGUGGAAGGGUUCUUCAAAGGUUUGGGCAAAGGCGCUGUUGGUUUAGUUGCUAGGCCAACUGCUGGUAUAGUUGAUUUUGCAAGUGGCACAUUCGAAUCUGUAAAGCGCGCAACAGAAACAACGGAAGAUGUUCGAAGACUGCGGCCGCCAAGGUACUUGCAUUCAGACAAUGUGAUCAGAAACUACAGUCUUCCACAGGCACAAGGAAAUAAACUUCUCAAGGAAAUAGAAAAAGGCAAAUAUGCAAACACCGAUUCAUUUCAACAUUUAGAAGAAAUAGUAACGAACCGUGAGGUUCUUUUACUAUCUGACCAUAGAGCUAUUUAUGGAAUGAAGAGUGAUUUGUUUGGAAGUUGGGCGGUACAAUGGGCCUAUAGAUGGGAGGAAGUUCACAUGAUUCGCUCUUCUGAUCGCGGACUAGAAAUUACACUGAAGAAAGAAGGCAAGAAAGUAAUGGGUCUUUUUACUUCAGUGGAGUCGUCAAGGAAGAUCAUAUUGAUACCUCAGAAGGAGCGGCGUGAUCACGUGGCAAAACUAAUGGAUAAUCUUAAACAGCAAGAGUUGAGAAACACGCAAUAAAAUUCCACAUAACAUAUUUCAACCCGCCUAAGUAUUGCACUUAAUCACCAUUUUUAAGUUGACUACACUAAGAAUGCGAAUAUCAUCACACGAUUUUUUUCAAACUACUUUUUUAACACAACAUGUGUUUUCGACCUCUCUGAUUAUUAAGCUUUAAACACGAGAACGUAAUUCACCGAUUAAAUAUAAGGGCCUGUCCAACACAACGUUUCCAGCAUGUUUAGGUUUGUUCGUCAGUACUAGCUGAAAAGAAAAAUUGGCGCAAAGUACUCGUAUAUCUUCGUAUAUAAUCAUAUUUACAUUCAUUCGGGAACAAUCGAUAUUUUUUUAUGAAAGGUAUUCCAACUUGUAAUGAAACUGUAAAAAUCAUUAAAAAUAAUUUUAUAUCGAAUUAUGGCGCGAUUUCAUGUAGGAAUAAUUGAGUC